AUGUUUGCACUAAGAUGUGAUGAAACUGUUGAUGAAGCAAAUAAAGAACAAUUAUGUAUUACAAUUCGUUUGAUUGAUAAGCCAUAUGUAAUUCAUGAAAAUGUAAUAGGUUCAUAUCAAAUUGAUAGACAAAAUUCUAACAGAAUUACUGAAACAAUUGUUGAUGCAUUAACAAGAUGUGGUCUAAAUAUUAGACAGUGUUGUGGCCAAGGCUAUGGUGGGGCGGCAAAUUUGGGUGGAAUUCAUGAGGGAGUUACUGCUAAAAUAUUACAACGAGAAAAACAGCAUUUUACAUCCAUUGUAAUGCACAUUGUUUAG